GAAGAGCAUGUACAAGUGAGACGGGAAAAUCACUCACAUUAUAUAUCUACACCUAAUCGUUUUUAAUCUUGACAUAACUACUAAUUAACAAACAAGCCGGUGGGUCAAAGAGGCUGUAGUUUAAUAAAUGAACAGUUAUAUCAAAGGAAAGUCUAUUUCUACGUAGUCAAUUCAUUCCCCUGUAGGAACAAUUUUAAAUCCCAGGGUCCAGACUGAAUCGUAUCUUACAAACAGAGAAAAUGAUUUGCAGUUAACUGAUGUAAUACAUUUGUUUACAUUGCAUGUUGACAUGAUUGUUUCGCUAAUUUUUUAAUACCAUGCUGUGUCCUGAUUACUGUUGGAUUAAUAAUUAAUCAGAAGAAAAUUGUUUCUCGCAUGUAUAGUAAAAAUCUAAGCUAUAAAGUCUAUCGCGACGAGCGAUCGAUCCGGCUAAUCUCUUGAAUGUGACGAAUAAGUGUAUCACUGAGCAUGUUUGAAUAGGACAAUAAGUUUGUAUUUAAAUAUGAAAUAAUGUUUUAUUGAUGGAUUUUAUAUAAUGGUAUGGUAUUAAUGUAUGGCUGUCACAUGAUCUAGUUUAUAUUUAGCUUUACCUGUUCAGAAAUUUACCUGUAUCAAAAUAACUGUUUAAUGUAUAAUACCCAGCAGAAGGAAUUUUAAAAUUUAUAAACACUGUCAUGGAUGACUGAAUAUUUGUGCGAUUUAAAACAUCUACAAUGUCGUUUGUACAACUUCAACCGCCAUUAUCCACCCGGAACAAAACAUGGAACUUAUAAAUUCCAUGUGAAAUAAGCAGAUUAUAUGAAAUAAUGAUUUAAGUUUAGCAUCUAUGGAAAAUGAGAUUUCAUUUAAGGAAACUAGUGACUUACGUUUUGGCAGCUUUGGUUCUGUUUGUAGUUAUCAAUUUUUAUGGUAAUAAUACUUGGAUGUUUGAAAGUAAUGAAGCACCAUGGGGACCAAGUAUGACAAAACGCAUACCAAAGAAGCCGAGAUAUUCCGGGAAAAUAGUGCAUGACCAUGUGAUUCUUGACAAGAAAAACCAUUCCGAAAGCGAAUUCGCUAAUGCAUCUAAACUGGGGCUUGAAUCUGGAUUAAAAAGAGAAGAAUCAUUUGUCCUUGAAGACAAAGAAAAAAAUCCUUUCGGAAAGAAAGUUUCGUAUGAUGGUGUUGAAGGUCGCGUGUGGUUCAGUGACGAUUACUACGACGAUGAUCGAAUUGUGGCUCAAAUGCGUUAUAAACCUCCGUACAUUAUCGAAGCAGAGAAAAAAAAAGUACAAGUGCCUUUAAAGACUAUAUUAUUAUAUCAUGGUUUUGGUGGUUGGGCUUUAAAAAAAGGUCAGAAAACAUUUGAAGAUCAACAGUGUCCCGUCCAACAAUGUACAGUGACGGAUGACCGUCGUUCUGCAGAAACUGCAGAUGCUGUCAUGUUUCAUCAUUCUCCAAGCAAACCAUGGACUAAACGACCAAUUGAUCAGAUAUGGAUAUUAUUUUUGUUAGAAUCACCUUAUCAUACCCCUGGUCUUUCAGGCUUUAAUAACGUAUUUAACUGGACAGCAAGUUAUAGACAUGAUUCUAUAAUAGUUGCACCUUAUGAAAAAAUGGUUCCACACGAUCCGGAUGUGAUAACGAAAAAGCAAGAUAAAAACUAUGCAGUUGGAAAAACAAAAAAAGUGGCUUGGUUUGUUUCAAACUGCGGGGCUCGUAAUGGACGCAGACAGUAUGCAGACGAGCUAGGGAAAUAUAUACAAGUCGAUAUUUAUGGAGCAUGUGGUCCUAAUAAAUGUCCUCGUCAUAAUGCAGAACAUUGUUUUAAUAUGUUAGACAAAGAUUAUAAGUUUUAUUUAUCAUUUGAAAACUCUAACUGUCGUGAUUACAUCACUGAAAAGUUUUUUGUCAACGGUUUAUCACAUGACGUUGUUCCAAUAGUAAUGGGUGCACAUCCCAAUGAUUACAAGCGAGCAGCACCACCACAUUCUUUCAUUCACAUUGAAGAUUUCGAUUCACCUAAAGAUCUCGCUGAAUACCUUCAUAAACUGGAUAAAAAUGACGAUUUAUAUAACGAAUAUUUUCAAUGGAAAGGUACAGCUGGCACAGUAAACACUUUCUAUUGGUGUAGGAUAUGUUCUAUGUUGCAUGCAGCUCCAGAUCAUAAACCUAUUUCGUACAGAGAUAUUAACCGUUGGUGGCGAGGCGAAGGCGUGUGUAUAGGACAGAGCAAAUGGAAAGAUCAACCAGAAAGAAAACAAAUAAUAGAUAAUUAUUUUGGAGAUGUUUAAAUUAUCUUUUUCUUUCCUAUACAUAGGAUACUCUGAAAAAAUACAUUUCUGUAGGGUUACAUCAGAGAUAUAGUACCCUAUAUUUGUUUCUGGUUACAUUCAUUCAAAAUUAAAUAUGUAGUUAUGUUAAAUUAUUUUAAUGAAAACAAAAUGUGUAGAUUUAGGUGAAAAGGUCUGGAAAUCCAAGUUAGUGACACUUAACCAACAUUCUUAAUAUUAUUGGUUAGGAUAGGCCUUUACAUUAGGCUAGAUAAGGUAACCUUAAACAAAUAUUUUUUUCGGCCUUAUGUUGAUAUGAACAUGUAAAUUUAUUGUUAUUUAAAAGAGGGAGAGGUUCAGCACAGUAUGUAGAUCAAUGAUAAGUUCUUUUUUUGUUUUACAUGAAAACAAAACCAAUUGCCAUUGAUAUGGAGGAGGAAAUAAGAUACAUUUAGUCUAAGGGAUUCCAAAAAACUUUCCUUUGUAAACUGUUUCCUGGCAGUCUUAUCAUUUGUAAGUUUGAUAGUGUGUGUUUUUUAG